AUGAGCGGUUUCAAUAGAAAGAGAAGAUUUGGUAAUGAUGAUUAUCAACAGCCAUAUCAGAAAAGGUUUCGUUUGCCGCCAAUUGUCGAGCUAUCGAAAACACUCUGUGGUGAUAUUAACACCCUAGGUGAGUCGUCAAAGAAGUAUGUUGAAGAUGUUGAGUUCAUGACAGCACCAAUCAUUGGAAAUUUUGAAAAUGAAAAGACUUUGCGAGACGCUGUUUUGAAUACGUUGUUUGCAGUUGUCACUGAACAACCACAAAAGGUUUUACAUAUCUCUGGGCUAGUACAGGUUGUCAAUGCCAAAAAGUCGUCUAUCGGUAAAACAAUUGCUGAGUUUUUUCAUCAAAAAGCACAAGAAUUGAUCGAACAAUCAAUAAACGAAGAAGUCAUUCCAGAAUCGUUUGAAACAGGUCCGUGGAAUAAAAUCAAACUAAUUUUAAGAUUUUUGUCAACUUUGUCAACUUUCAUUAAAGAAUCAAGCUUAGUGACCCUUUAUAGUCAAUUUUUAAAACAUUCCAUUGAUUUGCAAAAUAAUGAACCAGAAAAAAGAUGUCCUUUAGCUGAAGCUAUUUAUUAUAACACCUUAAUUUCAAUUCCGUACCUCUUGUCAUUUGGAGAGCCUUCAGAAGCUAUGAAAGAAGGAAUUGAAACAAUCUUAAGGAUAGCGGAUGAUUUUAAGUAUGUUGAUGAGGAGCUUACCAUCACCAAACCAUUUGCUGUUGAUUCAAAGGCUCCAUAUGAGCCAAAAAAUAUCAUAAGCUUAAUAUUACCUGCUGUGAAAGAGUUUUUUAAAGACGAUUACAAAAAAGUCUUUUCGUUGUUUCCACAGUUGAGUCAAUCAUUGAAACAUCUUUUGACAGAGUCAGAAGAAUUUGGACUACCACAAUUCUCAAUUCCUGCAGUUGAAGCAUUCAAGUAUAUUACUGGUUUAGAUACAGGUUUAGGUAGUGUGGAUGGUAUGUGGAGAACACCUAGACUCACUUUUGAAGUAUAUUUACCAAUACUUGGUUUUGACACCGUUCCAAAAUCUUCUGAUUAUGCUGGUUUGCUUUUUGACGAUAUAGUGAUUGAUAUUGUUGAAGCAUUAGAAUUCAAUAGAAAAGAAGUUGCAAGACAAAUCAUUACAUUGGAUCUCUUUUUCGCUGAUGGAGUGUUCGCCCCACCAGCAACUAGUAUUGACCAAUUGAAAGAGAUUAAUGCCAAUAAUGAAGAGCUUGAAAACAAAGCUAGUACAUGGAAAACCGAAGAUGUUGCUAUUAAGAAUGUGUUGUCUUUGAUUUUUAAACUACCAACUGUUUCACAACCAUUUGCAUACUUCUAUACUACCCUCGUUGAAGCUUGUACAAAUGCUGCACAAGCAAUUGCCCCAGUUCUUGGUAGAGCAAUUCGUUUUUUCUACUCCAAUAUUCAUACUGCUGAUUUUGAACUAAGAUUCAGAUAUCUUGAUUGGUUAGCUGUUCAAUUGAGUAAUUUCAACUUCACAUGGAAAUGGCGUGAAUGGGAAACAGAUUCUAUCAAAAACUCAAAAAGUAAUUAUCACCCAAGAAUUGCUUUCAUCAAAAACUUGAUUUCAAAGGAGUUGAGAUUAGCUACCAGGGAAAAAAUUCAACAGACAUUGACUGAAGAAUUUCAUCAAUAUUUGGACGUCAAGUUAUUUGAAACAGAGGAGAUCAAGGAAUAUUACGUAUCAUUAUUUGGUGAAGAAAACUUGGAAAGUGCUGGCUUGGACUUUGCUGAGGAUGGAAGUAAAUUAUUUUUUUUGAAAGAAAACCUUUCAUUGAAAGAGGAUACUGAAAAACUCAUUGAAGUCUUUCAUAAGGGAUCCAACAAGGAAUACAAGACUGUUGUCGAUGGUGUUAGAGAAAAGGUUCAAAAUUAUCCUAAUCCUGAAAAAUUGGUGAUCACCUUAGUUUUCCAAAUUAUAGCGUUUGUUGGUAACAGAUCAAUUUCACAUGCUGGUAAAUACAUUGGAAACACUUUUGAGUUUUUGAGAAGUCUUCUUGGAAGGGAUGAAGAGGAGAGCUUGGAGAGACAAUUAUGGGCUAUUGAUUCAAUUUUAAAAUAUUGGAAUUCUGCUCCAGAAAAUGGAUAUUUAGUCUUGGAUGUCUUGGAAUCCUACGAUGUUUUAUCCCCAAAAGCUAUGAUUAAGUAUUCAUUAGAUGACUCCCACAAAGUCAACUUUGGUUUGGUGAAUGUUUCAGCAACAGAAUCUAUUUUCAGACUAUUAACCAAUGUUGCCUUCUCAGGAAAAUCAUCCGCUGAGUUCGAGUUUAUUUUCAAUGAGUUAAUGGCCAUUAUUUCAUCAUCAUUGAAGACAAUCGAAAAUAAAGGAGAUAUUGAAGUACCAUCAGUUGAAGAUGAUUUCGAUGAAAAAAAUGAACAUAUUUGGAAGUACCAAACAUCAAUUGGAUUUUUGAGAGCGGUGUUGAGAAAAUACUCUGAUGAGUAUGUUAGUUUAGUUCCAAAGCUUGAAGAGUCUUUGAAAUCUAUUGAACAUGUUCCUACAAAAGAACUAGUCGAAAAAUGGUUCACAGAGUUGAAAAGUCUAUAA